AUGAGCAGCUCCAGCUCCCAGCUCUGGACCUGUACCCGUUGUCUUAGGGCCACGAGGCUGCGGGGUCCCUUGCUCGACGGCGGCGGCACCGCGAUCCCUCGCCGGCGUCGCCGACGCUGCCACCCUUUCAGCAACACAGCAUUCCGACACGAUGAAGGACCUGCCGAUUCAAAGAUCGGAAGCCCGCACGCUACCGAAGAAACUCUCGGUGGCCAGGAUCACGGAGAGCCGCAAGGGGCCAUGUCGCGCAGGCUGGCCGAGAUGGCGGAGGAGACGAUGGAUACGGGUACCAAGAGUGACCACAAGUUGAUGCAGGAUGCCGGGUUCUCGGAAGAGUUGAAGAAGCAGUUGGAAGAGAGGAUUGCACAGACAGGCUUUGCGGCACAGAAUCAACAGGCUGUGAGCCAAGUCACGAUGCCUGUACGAAAUCCAAAACCCCUUGCCCUCUGGUUUGGCUCAGCAAUGAACGCCGCAGGAAAAGGUACGCGCGAUAUCGCAGGCGCAGAACCCUGGCGCGGCACGGAGACGGUCCACGACUCGGUGCUCCGCAUGCUCGACGACAGCCACAAGAAACUGCGGUCUCCGGCGCGUCCGCCGUCAAUUCCUCCGAAAGUCAACCUGCGCCCAACGCCCAAGAAGAACAUCUCAGCAGCCGACCGGCUGGCCCGCGCGCGGGAUAAGACGUCAAUUUACGCUAUCAGCCAGCAGAGCGAUAUGACGGAGCAAGAGCGCGAAAAGUGGCGCAGGGAGUUGAAGGAUAGGUUCUCGCCGGGAGCGCGGCCGAUGCCAGCGAGCAUUGCAGGGCUGACAAGCCUGGCGAAUGAACGGAUCGAGGAUGCCAUCGCGCGGGGACAAUUUAAGAACAUCAGUCGCGGCAAGGGCAUCAACGUUGAACGCGACUACAACGCUAACUCGCCCUUCCUCGACACGACCGAGUACUUCAUGAACAAGAUCAUCCAGAAGCAGGAGAUCGUCCCACCCUGGAUCGAAAAGCAGCAGGAACUGGUCAAGGCCGUCGCGACUUUCCGAGGCCGUCUGCGGAACGACUGGCGGAGGCACGCGGCCCGCAUGAUCUCCAGUCGAGGCGGCACGGUCGAGGACCAGGUGCGCCGGGCCUAUGGGUAUGCGCUGGCCGAGGAGAGGGUGAACCCUCGCCCGGUGCGGAGGGUGGAGAAUCUAAGCAGCAUUUCGAGCGACGGCAGUUUGACAACCGUGAGUGUCGAGGAGAGGAUUGCCGUCGGAGUGGCUGUCGAACGUCCCGACUCAACAGAGGCGCAAGAUGAACAGACCGAAAUCAAAGUCACCGAGCAGCCCGCAGAGAAUACUCCCGUCACCGACCCCAGCACCGAUGCGCUGCCAACAGUAGCACCUCAAGAUAUCAUAUCUACGUCGUCCGAGCAAGCGCCCACGACUUCUUCUCCACCAUCGCAACCAUCACCCUCUGCACACGUCCUGCCCAUGCCACACCCCUUCCGCGACCCAACAUGGGAGCAAGCCGAGCUGGCAUACCACACUUUAGCUGUCGCAAACCUUAACGCUCUGACUCGCUCGUACAACCUGAUGGCGCCCAAGAUUGCACAGAAGCCGUACUUCACGCUGGAGCGUGAGAUGCGGCGAUGUUUUGCCGACGUCGCGCCGCAGCUGGCCGACGAGAUCCGGGAGCGCAGCACGCGUCCACCUCCCAAGAUCCGUGUCGUCCGCCACAGGGACACAGCCGGUGGCGUGCUUGAGCGCUUCGGUGGGGAUGAAUGGACAGGACAUGAGGGCACGAUCCGCGACGAGAGCGGUGAUAAGAGCUACGGCUUCAAGCAGUUCUGGCGUGACUUGUUUGGCGGAGACAAGGCCCAGAAGCCGAGCACAAGCGCGAGGGGGAGGGAGAGGCGCAACGCUGCUUGA